AUGGGAGAUACUUCCAGCCACCGCUAUUUAUGGCUGGCUACGCUUGUACCUCCUAUGCCCCUCGACAUGGAUGAAGCAUGGAUGACAGGGCAGGCGGCGUUCAUGGAGAGCCCCUCUACUCUCCACUCUCUCUCUCUUUCCUCUCUCUGGCUGAAAUGUAGGCUUCUCUGCCCCUUCUCUGCCCUAUUUAUUCACAUCCAUUCACGCCGAGUACCUGUCCUCUACCUGCCAUCUACUUCUUAUUCCUCCCAAGAGAAGGCUGCGAGGGGGGUGGAAGAGGCUGGCACAACUACGCCCCUCGACCAGAUCAAGCGCUUCGAGGUCACCGAAGUCUAUGCCCACCCCGAAGCCACUGUCGACAUCGUCCUCGUCCACGGCCUCAACGGCCACCCACAGAACACAUGGACCGCAAAGAACGGCGUCUUCUGGCCCAGCCAGCUGCUGCCUCUGACAUUACGGCAGGCCAAGGCGAGGGUCCUAGUCUAUGGCUACAACGCAGACGUAUAUACUUUUGGCAGCGAUAAGGGCGCAAGCUCUGAUAUGAUACACCAGCAUGCACAGAGCUUGCUGACGGGACUGAGCAUGGAGAGAAUGAGCGAGGAGAAGGAGGAGAAUGCGAUCAUCUGGGUCGCGCAUAGCUUAGGUGGGAUACUGGUAAAGAGGGCACUGGAACUCUCAAACGACCUCACGAGUAAGAGCGCCGACCCAAGCCGCUCCAUCUACGUCUCCACCUACGGCAUUAUCUUCCUAGGCACGCCGCACCUAGGCGCUGACGGCGCAAAAUGGGGACAGGUCCUGCACUCACUCGUGCGGACCGUCAUGCCCAAGAAGAUCGUCGAGACGGAGGACCAGCUGCUCAAGACGCUGCAGAACAACAACGAGACCCUUCAGAACAUCAACCUGCACUUCCUCGACAUCUACCAGCGCUUCGAGAUCGACAUGGUGCACGAGGCUAUGAGAACCGAUCUCAAGGGCACUAAGAUCUUCGUCGUCGACCAGGCCUCUGCCUCCCCGCCGUUACCAGGCGUCCGAUACUACGGCAUCGAGGGCACGCACUCGUCCAUGUGCAAGUUCGAGAGCAAGAACGCCCCAGGCUAUCUGAAUGUCAGCACGGCGAUCAAGGGGUGGGCGAAUGACUGCACGCCGAAGAUCCAGGCGAGGUGGGCUGCGGAGAGGAAGGCAAGGAGGCAGGCCAAGGAGAAUGAGGCUAAGGAGCUACUGGGCAUCUUCGUAACGGAUAAGGAUGAUACUUUGAGUGCCCCAGUGGCACAGCCGCGGCCACAGGAGGCGUCGGGAACUUCAAACAGUACGUCGGCACCUACUUCCCACCAAGCACCGGCGACGAGCCAGCCGCGGGCUGCACUCGAGGCAGCGUCGCGCCAGGCUGCGUCGCCGUUCCAGUACCAGUACACAACGGAGGAGGUUGAGGAGAGAGAAGCGGAACUGGUGGAGCGUUGA